GCUGCCAUGACAACGAGUCCGCGCCCCGCGCUCAGCUGCUGCUCCGGCGGGACCCAGGCUGGACCGCGGGCCCCGGCCUGGGGGCCAAAGCUGCCACCGCCGCCGCCACCUCAUCUCCUCCCCGUCCCUGUCCCGCCCCGCGUCUUCCCGCUGCACUCGGGCCGGAGGCCGGGGUCCCUCCCCGCCGCCCCAUCCUGCGCGGAUGCCGAAGGUAAAGGCGCUGCAAUGCGCCUUGGCGCUGGAGAUUCGCUCUGUAACUUGUCCAGGAGUGGUGCUGAAAGACAAGGAGGACAUCUAUCUUAGUAUCUGUGUGUUUGGCCAAUACAAAAAGACACAAUGUGUCCCAGCCACUUUUCCGUUGGUCUUCAAUGCCAGAAUGGUGUUUGAAAAGGUGUUCCCUGAAGCAGUAGACCCUGGAGAUGUGGUUGCACAGCUUGAGUAUGAUACUGCAGUGUUCGAGUUGAUACAGCUAGUUCCACCAGUGGGAGAAACACUGUCUACCUAUGAUGAAAAUACGCGAGAUUUCAUGUUCCCGGGUCCAAACCAAAUUUCUGGACACCAUGAUUCAAACCGCCAGGUUACCAUGAGAAGGAUUUCUGGCCUCAGAGGAAUUGCUCCAAAGCUGGAAUUUUCUACAACUUCAGUGAUCACAGAAUGUCUGAUAAGCUCAAGGAAGUGCCGCACUCAGGAUAAAUUUACUUACCAUGCAGCUCCAGUUGAAAAACCCCACGGCAGACUGCCAUGCAGAACAUCAAGAUCACAGAAGAAAAAGUCCAAGUCACCCGAGAGAAGUAAAUACUGCAUGAACACCAAGAGCUACGAACAGCCCACGAUUUCCUCAAAGUCGCAUUCUCCAUCUCCCUACACUAAGAGACGGAUGUGUGAGCUCUCUGAAGACACCCGGCGGCGGCUGGCCCAUUUAAAUCUGGGACCCUAUGAAUUCAAAAAGGAAACAGAUAAGCCUCCAUUUGUGAUUAGACAUGUUGAUCCCCCAAGUCCCAGGGCUGAUACUUUAUAUGGAUCACCUGGCAGAGACUGUGAACGAGAUGGAUGGGCCAGGAUGCAGAGUGAUCAUCAUCACGUUGGCUGCUGCAGAUCCAAGGAUUACAAGGUUAUCAGGUCACCACAUGGGAGAGACUUCGAGGAUCCCUUUGAGAGGUGUGAAGAAUAUUUGAGCCCAAGGACAUGUAGCAAGCCCCAGCAUUCUGCAAGGACCUUACUCGUCCAUUCAGCACCUUCAACAGUACCAAAGCAUUGUCCAAGCCCUGUGCUAAAUAGAGCCUCUCUCAGGGAAAGAUUCCACUCUGAUUGGUGUUCAUCUCCAAACUGUGAAGAGAUCCAUGACCGGGUAAAAGACGUAUUAAAAUCACAUCAGGCUCAUGCUCAUGCGCAUGCUCAUGCGCAUGCAAGACACAUAUGUGAUGAGCGAGACCCAGAGAAAGAUGAGGAACUGGAAAUGAAAAGAGGUCUUCUAUAUAGAGACUCUGCCUAUGACAGUGACCCUGAAUACAGCACUUUUCAACGGCCCCGUGGCUCUCUCCAUUUGGAUGAAGGUGAAUACUGGCCCAACAGAGCAGCCUCCUUUAAGGGGAAGUCCCACCGACCUGUCUUUGAGAACAGCAUGGACAAGAUGUACAGGAACCUGUACAAAAAGGCCUGCAGUUCUGUUUCUCACACACAGGAAAGCUUUUGAGACCAUCUACUAUAAACUGUAUCCGUGUCAGCUUCUCAAUGAAAGCGUUUGAUGUGAUCUAUAUUUGUAUGCCUUUCUUUAAAACAGGUGUUCACUGAGUGACAGACUUGAACCAGCAUAUUCCUUCAAAUGGUAAACUAUGAGUCAAGCCUUUAUUACAGAAGAAUGUGCUGUUUCCAAUGUCAAAAGUCUACGAUUCAGUCACAGCCUCUAAUUUGUGACUAGGCUGUGCUGCCACAUUUGCUCCUACUACCAUCAACAAACUAAAGAAUAGGUUCUUUCUGGAAUGUUCUUUCAUUUUCAUUUCCUUUUAACUUUCUUUUCACCUGCUUGGCUGGUGAUCUUUUCUGGGUAGUAUUUAACUAAUAUCAGCUCACUGUUCUCAGUAAUGAGCAAAAAGAUGAUCUCUG